AUGACAUCUUCAGGGAGGCACAUGUUUAGGUGGAGUGGGCAGGCGUGGGCACGCGGACACAAGCCCGAGCUCAAACCUUCCCGCACGCAUGAAUACUAUAGUGGUAUUUCUGAUGAUGAUGAUGAGGAGGAGGAGGAGGAGGAGGAGGAGGAGGAGGAGGAGGAGGAGGAGGAGGAGGAGGAGGAGGAGGAGGAGGAGGAGGAGGAGGAGGACGAGUGGGAGGAGGAGGAGGAGGAGGAGGAGGAGGAGGAGGAGGAGGAGGAGGAGGACGAGUGGGAGGAGGAGGAGGAGGAGGAGGAGGAGGAGGAGGAGGAGGAGGAGGAGGAGGAGGAGGAGGAGGAGGAGGAGGAGGAGGAGGAGAAGGAAGAGGAGGAGGAGGAGGAGGAGGAGGAGGAGGAGGAGGAGGAGGAGGAGGAAGAAGAAGAGGAGGAGGGAGUAGGAGGAGUAGGAGGAGGAGGAGGAGGAUACCGGCGAUGA